CGUGCAGACGCGGUGCCUAAAACAAAACAACUAGACGUGUAGGAGAGCUAAUUAGCUAUUUGCAAAUUGCAGAGGCACAAGCUCCACUGGACGCCUACCAGAUCUCUCCCCCCCCAAAAAAAAAAAAAAAUCCUUUACUUGAGCCAGCACACAGGAAGGACGUGAAGAAGAUAAACCUCAAAUGGAAUCGACGGAGUCGUCUUACGUUUCGUCACCGGAGGCGCCGCGCAAGAGAUCUCCUCCACCGCCGAAAUCGCCUACUUCUGAUUCUGUUGAGAAGCCAACAUAUAUUAGAUUUCUUGUUUCAAAUGCUGCAGCUGGUUCAGUUAUUGGAAAGGGUGGUGCCACAAUCAGCGAUUUUCAGUUGCAAUCUAGAGCACGAAUUCAGUUGUCACGCAAUUAUGAAUUUUUCCCAGGAACAUCAGAUAGGAUAAUUAUGAUAUCUGGGACCUUUGAUGAUGUGAUAAAGGCUGUGGAACUCAUUCUUGCUAAAUUGCUUAGCGAGCUUCACACUGAAGAUGGUGUUGAUGUUGAUCCAAGAACAAAAGUGAGACUAAUUGUUCCAAAUAGCUCUUGUGGUAGCAUAAUUGGGAGGGGAGGAUCUAUUAUAAAGUCAUUUAUUGAAGAGUCUCAAGCUGGCAUUAAGAUAUCUCCUCUGGAUAAUAAUUUUUAUGGGUUGAAUGAUAGGCUGGUGACAUUGACUGGAACUUUAGAGGAGCAGAUUCGGGCAAUUGAUCUCAUUUUGUCUAAAUUAUUUGAAGACCCUCAUUACUCACAGACCAUGCAUGCCCCAUUUUCAUAUGCUGUGGCAUACAAUUCGAUGAACCAUGGAGCAAAUGGGGCUGGUGGAAAGUUUGAGAAUAACAAGGAGGAUCGUACCAACUCAGUGACAAUUGGUGUUGCAGAUGAGCAUAUUGGACUGGUUGUUGGUCGUGGUGGAAGAAACAUAAUGGAAAUCAGCCAGGUCAGUGGAGCCAGAAUAAAAAUUUCGGAUAGAGGUGAUUUCAUGUCCGGAACAAAUGAUAGGAAAAUCACUAUCACUGGAUCACAGAGAGCCAUCCGUGCAGCUGAGGGAAUGAUAAUGCAGAAGGUAGCCUAUGCUUCUGAGAGGGGGGCAGAUUAGCUUUCAAAAAUCCUGAAUUAUUGUUGUUCUUAAUUUUUUCUGUGGGCCUGUCAAUUUCCAUGAUUUUUAAUUUAGAAAUCUGUCCAUAUACUUUCUCAAAGAGAAUUGGUUAGCAAUUUCGAAAACUAUGACCAGAAAAGUGAAAAAAACAGCAAAUUUUUUUUUUCUAAGAGAGAGAGAGCUCUUUUUCUAUAGGAAGUUAUUUAUGGGUAAAAAUUGUGUUUCUUGGGGGGAAAAAACGAAGGAAUUGGAUUAGGCUAUAGUGGCUUGACUGAAAAUUAGAAUUAAGUUCAUUUAUCUCUUGAUACAAAUGUAAUUUCCAACGUAGCAAGUUUUGCUACUUAUGUUUUCAAGUAUGCUCUGCUUUAUAUAGAUGUGUAGAUUUUGCUU